AUGGAAGUGGCGAACAUGAGGCGCACUGCUGCGUACGACCCGCGGCAAGAGCUUCCUUUUGAUGUGAGCUCCAACACCCCGGAGUGGCGCACUUUGACAAGAGAACUGCCCGGAAUACACAAACUCCUCACGGAACCACUCGCGAUGCUCAAGGACGACGACAGCAUCCAAGAUCUCGUCAAGGCCAUCGACGACAUUUUGCAUGACCCGGCGCGCGUCGUGGUUGGUGUCAUUGGUAGUGUGGGAUCUGGGAGCAGCACUACCAUCAACUCUCUCCUUCAACUGGUGGUCGGACGAGACGAUUGCGGAAGUCGUGGGGAGAACGAGGGUCUGACAUUCACGGCAUCGAAUCCGGAAGACCUUUGCUCCCAACUCGAGAGACACACCACUUGUAUGGAGUACGAGAUCAUCUCUUCCUUGGCCACACUUGUCGGUGGCGUCCGCUUUCAUUUUAGCGACCCUCUGAUCGACAUUGGCGUGUCUUUCAUGGAGGCCCCACAAUCCGAUGAAUUCAGCUUGCUGCCGUCAUAUCGUUUUGACGGGAUCACGCAUGGCAUCAUUGUGGAGGACUGUCGGUGUGCCACGGACAGUUCUACGUCGGCCGUUGAUGUCGCCAAGGUGCGAUCGCUCGGAGACGAACGGGCAAUCCUUGCGUUGACGAAGUGGGACCAAAUUGGAAUGAUUGAUGAGAGUGACAUGGGUCGCGCCACCGACAUUCAGCGAGAGACGGCCAGUAACCUCGCAGAAAAGUCGGCCGACCUCGAACAGGAAAUGGCGGCGGUGCAGAUCGAGAGAGAGGAACUCGAUCCGUUCAGUGAGGUCCAGCGUUUCGAAGAGCUCGACUUGCGUUGGGAGGAGCUUAAGAUCCUCACCCGACACGCAUUCAAUGCCGAGAAGGCGCACCGAAUCUAUGUGCUCGGCGAGCAGGCGGGACAGCACUUACUUCGCCGUGAACUGCGUGGGUGCCACAGAGUGCCAAUAUUCUCGAUAUCCAAUCUCGACUAUGCGGCUCACCUGAAAGCGUUCAGGCCAGAGGAAACCCCGGCUGUAUCCGUGGAGACCACGAACAUCCCCAACCUACGAAGACUGAUAGCAUCUCUUCCAAACAGAUCACGAAUCAAUAGCAUGCGGACGUUGUUGGAUGUCACCCUUCCGUUAAUUCUUGAUCGAUUGGAUCUUUUCUUCGUGGAAAACCAGCUCCUGGCCGCGCUUGAAGGAGGAGAGCGGCUUAAGCGAAUGAAUGUGUUAGCGCGGAACGUCCAGCAGGUGCGGAAUAUGCUCGGUGGUCCCAUGCGGCGUGAUCUUGAUACGCUGUGUAGAGACUGGCUGCUGAAGAGACCGGAGUGCGAGGCACCCACAGAACGCGCAACGAGCGCAGCGAGCGAGCUUGGACACUGUAUCAAGGUCUCGCCUGAAUGGCAAUUGGCGAAGGGAGCGAUGGACCAGGACGAGAGUGGGAAUCCGUCCGACAGCGUUCCAAUCACGGUUGGCAUACCAUGGCUCAUUGAGCGUUUCAAUGAGGCUGAGCGAAUGAAACCCGGAAAACUUCCUCACCUCGGCAUGGAACUCAUACAGCCUCCAGUUGAUAUAUCCGGCCCGGCGCACGAUGCAACAGCACGUGGGAGCUGGGAAUGGCAUCCACUAUACCAUGGGCCGUCUCGCAUGCCUGGACGGGAGGUUCGAUUGCCUGAGUAUUUAUCCAGUUCGACAAAGCCUCGCUCGACGAAGAGGAUGGCGGAGAAGCACACAUUGACCACGCUUUGUGCACAGACAUUCGAUGAAGCAAAGGGGACAAGGACGGCGACGAACAAGACCUGGAGAAUGAGGAAGCCGCUCUCCAUCGGUAACGAGAAAGACUGGUACCGGCGAAGAUCUCCACCCGAACACCAGGAGCCAAAGAACCUCGACAUUGUGUUGCUCCGUCCUGUACUGAAUGAGGGUCCGGCCGGUGAUGCCCCCGCUCAGCAGCAGUUCACCAAGGAAUUCAAGAUUCGUCGAUGGGCUCCGACGUCCACUGUCGCCUUCACCGGACCGGAAGAUCGUGCUAUUGACCAGCUGGCGGACCGACUUCGAGAGUUUCAAGCCCAGCGACUGCGUGAAAACCAAGAACUCCAAGCUCUUCGCGAUGCCAACCCAGAAGCAGCGACACCGCCACUCCCCAACCGUCUCGACGCCCCCCGUUGA